AUGGUUCGUACGCGUGGACGCGCAAAGCCAUUGGGUGCCGGAAAAUGUGCUCUAAAAAUCUCUGAAGUGUGGUUUCUUGGUUGUACACUUUUCAUUUUCGGCAGUCUUAUAGAAUUUGCAUUUGUAAACACUAUUUGGCGACGUAAACGCAAUGUGGAUGUGAAGAAAAUGAGUAGCAAGCAUAUACUUAAGUCAACAUUAUCGCCGCGCGCUUCACGUCGUCCCACCGGUCGUUCACGUUCAUUCUGUGUGGCGCCUGAUGCUAAUCAAGCAUCCAAUGAUCCAACCGCAUUUAAUAAUUACCUAACCCUACAUAAUAUACCAAUACAUACCAUACAUGAGAAUGAAGCAUUGGAUAACAUAUCGAAAAUUACGAGUUUCAGCGGCACUACAACAAAUACUUGCGAUUCAAUGCCUUAUAGCAAGCGUGAUCUAAUCAAUGUGCAAUCUGGAGAAGCAGGCCAAAAUAACGGUUGGACUACACUAACUCCUCAAGAAAUAUCCAUGUGGAUCGAUAAGAAGGUACGUUGCUUAUUUCCGCUGGCUUUUCUUGCUUUCAACAUAUUCUUUUGGACGUUUGUCUAUGUGGUGUAAUGCGGCAGAGGUUACAGAAUUCGUAGAAGAUGUAUUCAUUGGCGCUCAUUUGCAGGUGCGUGCUAAAAGACUAUAUUGCCUAUAUUAAACUUCAUUUCACUCAUUUAUUUGGGAAAUAUUUAGUGGGGCGGGGGGCGGAGGGGGAGUCGCCACUUUACGAAAAGCCCCACCCCCUCCUUGGGGACCUCCCACAGACCCCUAGGGAACCGUUUGAAAAUGGGGUAAAAACGGCAUUUUCCGAGGCAAACUGAGCAGUUUGAAGUGGAAUAUAACCCAACCAACAGAAUCUGUGGGGCGAAAAAAGGAGGGCUAAACACCUUUCGCAGAGAACACCUUUGUGCGUAGGCGGCCUUCGGCCGCACUUAGGGAUUAUAACCCUCAGGCAGUAGAAUUCCCCUUUCUGUUUUGCGAAUAAAAGGAGCUGAAUACCUUUUACAGAGAACACCUUUAUAUAUUUUUAAUGCUUACAGGGUUAUAUCCUAUUUUCUUUUGUCUCUCAUUUUUUGCAUAUUUUGGAGUUUGACAGCUGAACUACGCUAUUUAAUUUGCAUAUGCAACAAAAGUCAGACGCAUGAUUUAGAAGGUGCUUUUAUUUAAUAAAUUGUGAUUAAUUGGUUAAUAUUAAAGUUAUAAAGAAAGUUAUAGCUCAUCGAGUAAAGUGUA